CUUGUAUUCUUUCAUUUUUGUCAGAUUGCCUUUUGUUUCGAGUUAUUUUCGAGCCUUCCCUCGAAGGCUUUUGUGGGACUGAGACAUGACAUACAGCAUUAUGCAUGAGUCUGCAUCUGGCGGACUCUCACCGUACAUCAUGUGCUGACCCCAUAUAAUACUACCAUACUCUUUGUGUGUUUGGCUUUCUUAUCUUUGUCAAUGACGAGCUCCGAACAAACAGCUGCAUCAACAAUACCACUGCGUCACCGCAACGAACAGAAAGCUGCGGGUCUGUGCUACCCAAAACCGUCUUUACGAAGCGACGAGGAUUUCACGAUCAGACGAAUUACGAGUAAAAAGCACCGAGACCAAAUGAACCAGCAUACGAUUGACGAAUCUGAUGCCGAAUCAUUCCAUUCGGCCAUCUCGAGCGUGGCGAGAAUAAAGUCGCGAUGUCAGUCAACGAGGCACGGAGACCGACCCGCUAAGACAUCUAGAUGCAGGCGAUCUAGGACACAGAUUUCGCAGGAAGAGAACGCAGCCCUCAAUGCUAGAUCGCCAUCAGAGCACCACCGAGCGUCCAACGAGAACGGCCAAAAUAGUUCACAGCUCUAUUCGAGUCAAUCUCGCCAUCGCCCAAACCAACCCACCAUACCCAGACGACAAAGCAGCUCAAACCUGGACAGAAAGAAGAGAAGAAAAUCUGUGCGAAAAGAUCCGGCUACUUUGCAUCGUGAGAGCUGCCAGCUCUUCUCGUCACUGGAUGGCAUGCUUGCCUUGAGUCGGGAGUUUACACCGCUACCUAGCGUAUCGACCACACGGACAGGGACCCGACAUGGGUCUCUCAUCGUAGAAGAGACAGCAAAGCCAGAAGAAGCAGAAACCAUACAUCGUCUUUGCCGGAAGGUGGACGAGAGGUUGCAAUCCGUCGAACACGAGCCAUUCUACUCAUGUCGAAGAAGGAGUGCGUCGUCAUUGCCAAUCUCUCAGUCAAACUAUUCUGCGUUGACGCUUCAGUAUCACUCACGUGUCACACCACGAAUAUCAAUAUCUACCAGUGAUAUGCGCAGCCACGGUCGGAGGGACAGCACCUCAGUGGGGACUGGCGAGCGACCUUAUAGGCCACCUUUGAAUACCGUCAUUUCUUGGACUUCAGACGCCUCGCGACGGCAGGAGUACGAGAGAAUUGAUCGAGCUCAUUCCGGCGUCAGAGGCAUGUUUUCGAAGAUCUUGCCAAAGUGUAUGCACUCUAAAAACAAGAGGAGAGCUUUCUUCACGGGCGACUGCGACGGCGAUAGUGUCAGAAGGUUCAGGAUGAGCCUCGACGACACGAACCAUGCUGAUGAUGAGCCAGUUGUGGAGGAGAAGAAUGAAGUAUCAAAUUUGGAUGCCUUCAACGAGAAGCGUGCACUUGAGUCUGAGCAGCGAGGCUUGAAAGACAGCCCAGAGCCGACGGCCAAGACAGGAAUCGACACAAUGAAGCGCUGGUGGACAUGUUUCCAAUAAGAAAGGACAGUGUCGUGGUCAGGCGAGACCUGGCCCAUAUCAUCGACUCAGAGUCACGAGGCCUUCACAAGUCGUUGAUGAACAAGGUUGGCCGCCAGGCAUACCCUUAUUUUGCAUCGCAUCUGGUGUUGCAGCAUGCCAUUCAUGGAUCCACGAAACCUGGACGACCAGGGAACCGUCAGUGCUUGAUUUUGAUUCUCCUAUGUUUUUGAAGCAAGAAAUGGAGCGGAACAGUGCUCCAGAUGAGUCGAGAUGGGCACAGACCUACAGGAACGACUAGACGAGCAGACGAUAUGCAGAUAUGAUGAUGGUCGCCUGGAACGAAAAAGCUGUUCUUACAGGCAAAUAGCAGCAAUAUGCAAAUACUGGU